AUGCAGCAUAAUCACAAACACUACAUGCAACAUAAUCACAAACACUACAUGCAGAAUAAUUACAAAAACUACAUGCAGCAUAAUCACAAACACUACAUGCAGCAUAAUCACAAACACUACAUGCAGCAUAAUCACAAACACUACAUGCAGCAUAAUCACAAACACUACAUGCAGCAUAAUCACAAACACUACAUGCAGCAUAAUCACAAAGACUACAUGCAGCAUAAUCACAAACACUGCAUGCAACAUAAUCACAAACACUGCAUGUAA